AUGGCUGCAGCAGGAGGCGCGUCGAGCAUCAUCACGCAGGUGCAGCAGACCGGCGGGCCGCCGAUCAAUACAUUAGGAGACAUCGGUGGGGAUGAACAUAUCACUCUUGAUCUCCGGGGAACCCGCUUUACCCUCUCCCGAGAUGAACUUCUGACUCUCCCCGAAUUUGUCCUUUUGUCACUUUUUCCAAACGGUCUACUUCCUGACGGGCACAUGGGUACCUUCCAUGAAGGCGACAUCUAUCCGGUCGACUACGAUCCGGCGUCUCUGCAAUACAUGUUAGACUUCUUCCGAUCGGUCGCUCAAUCUAUCCCGUCAUCCUCACCAUCUGCAUCGACCUCUCCGGACUUGGACGUUGCUCCCGACUCCAUGCAAGGAACUGCUAGAGAUAUGCUUCAGGACCGUGCUGGUAUCAUAGUGUUGCGCGAGGACCUCGAUUUCUACGCGAUACCUCCUCGCCCCGAUAUAGACCAGGCGGAGAUGAUCGAGGUCAAGCGCGCGGCUGCAAAAUCAUUGUUAAAACAAGACGGAAUAUUUUCUGGGCUGAGAAAGAGCGACGAAGCCGGUUCGACAGAGCAGCAUCUCAUAGAGAUGCUUACUGCAGGUGGGUUUGAUCGUGACGACCGGUGGGGCCAUCGAGCCCCAGAGCCCAACAAGGCGGUAAUAUGUAGCCUGGCUUUGGCCAAGCUGCGUACCGACAUUCGGGGUGACCUAUCGAAUAACAAUGCAGUUGGCAUGGCUCAGAAGCUCCUUCUAUUCUGGAGGAAACCAGCCAGGAGAUGCUGGUGGGAAGGAGUUGAGCUAGAUGAUGUGGAGGGAGUGGAAGGCAAAGUGAAAAUUUGGAUUCGUAGAGUAUGGACUCUAGAGAUGAGCGUAAUCGGGCUUCGAUAG